UGCUGAUUGUGUUUUCAUAAUUGUAUCUUAAUUAAUCUGGUUUUGAUUGAUUUAUAACGUGGAUUCAUGGACAAGUUAUGUUUGUGAAUUUCAAAAUAAUUGAUUGAAUUAACUAUCUAAGUUACUGUUGUGUCGGUGUCAGAUACUAACACAUGUUUGGACAUCAGACACGCCUUUGAUCUGAAGUGUUGAUGCUCAUAGGUAGAAAGGGAUGUCAACAUAUUCGAACCACCGCUGUGAUAUCUGAUCAAAAUCAUGCCUAAUGUCUAUCAUGAAAUUUUGAAUAUCCUUGCACGGGAAUCAGGAACAAUGUCUGAUAAAAUCACUGCAGAAAAUCUCCUUCACAACCUUGUGGAUACAUUAUCGGACAGGCCGAAGAAAGUAUCAUUCUUCGAGGAAGACAAAUCCAAGUCAGUGAGCUCCGAGAUCAACAGACUGUUUGGACGCGAGAAACCUGUACACCAUCUUUUAGGAGGCGGAAAAUCUGCGGAUGUUAUGUUAUGGAGGAACAAGAAGAUUUCUGCUAGUUUUUUAAGUGCUGCAACAAUUGUAUGGGUGCUAUUUGAAUGGCUCAAUUAUAAUUUUAUUUCUCUUCUAUGCUUUGCCUUGGUUCUCGGCAUGCUUGUGCAGUUUCUGUGGUCAAAUGCUUCUGGUUUGUUUAACAGUACACCAUCUCAAGUGCCCCGUGUUGUUAUCCCAGAAGAGUUAUUUUUUAAUAUUGCAACUGUAAUCGGGAAUGAGGUUAACCGUGGAUUGAAGUUUCUUCAAGAUAUCUCUUGUGAAGGAAACUUGAAGCUUUUUCUCAUUGCUGUAGCAAGUUUGUGGGCUGGUUCAGUGAUUGGGAGCUGGUGCAAUUUCUUGACUGUCAUCUAUAUUGGUAUUAUUGCUGCGCAUACACUUCCAGUUCUGUAUGAAAAGUACGAGGACGAAGUCGACGAAUUCGUGUACAAAGUCAUUGGUCAGAUGCAACAUAAUUAUAGAAAGCUGGAUGCUGGUGUGCUCAAAGGAAAACUCAAAGUAAAGAAGCAUGAUUAGGUUUGUUAUGUAAAUUAAUGGUUGGUGGAAAUAAUUAGGGGGAUGAAAAUAUUUCUUCCUUAUGAAUAUGAUAUUUCAGUGAAAGAAACUUGUUUAUGUAAAUGAUAUUUCAUGUUGAUUCUAGUUCAUCUAUUAAAGAAUUUUAGCCA